AUGGGGAGGGGAAAGAUUGCGAUUGAGAGGAUCGACAACGCGACGAACCGUCAGGUGACCUUCUCCAAGCGGCGCGGAGGGCUGAUGAAGAAGGCCCGGGAGCUCGCCAUCCUCUGCGACGCCGAUCUUGCACUCAUCAUCUUCUCCAGCACCGGUCGCCUCUAUAACUUCGCGAGCUCCAGCGGAAUGGAGGCAAUACUAGAACGCUACCAGGAGGCCAAACAGGAGCAUUGUGGAGUGUUGAAUCCAACAUCAGAGGCAAAGUUAUGGCAGAGGGAGGUUACAACCUUGAGGCAGCAAGUGCAGAACUUACAACACAAUAAUAGGCAACUAUUGGGAGAGGAACUAUCUGGUUCAACUGUUCGGGAUCUACAAUUUCUCGUGAACCAAGUAGAAAUGAGCUUGCAUUCCGUACGAAAGAGGAAGGAGCAAGUUAUCGCUGAGGAGAUCCACGAACUCAACCAAAAGGGAUUUCUUAUUCAGAAGGAAAAUAUAGAACUUGGCAAGAAGUUGAGCAUUGCUCAUAAGCGAAACAUAGAGCUGCAGAAAAAGGGUGUAGGGGCACCCGGGAGCUAUCUUUCUGGGGUCAUGAGAACGAGUGAGCAGCAAGCCAGCGGAAGCAGCUCAAAAGCUGCUGCCGGAUUAUUAUUGUCGACUAGAGCACGUGAACCAAGGAUUUUUAUUGACCUUGAGUUGCGGCAGCAGGAGCAUGAGGAUGAAUAA